AUCGCUUUAAGUUUUUUUUCACCAUCCCUACAAUUUUUCAUUGCGGUCGUAAAGUUUUUAAAUUGCAAACAAAGAGGAUGCGUUAUGCAUUAAUCAGCAAAUUGUGAAACAUCCCAUUUUUUUCUGGCAAGUGCAGCUGCCACCAAUUUCCUGAAAAUGUGAAUAGAUUUUCUGCUACUUGUGUUCACGUUAACUUGAAGACCACUGAAGGAUGCAGACCUAUGGACUUUUCUUGUUUCUGUGGUCAUCUGCAGUGUGGGGCCCAGCACAAUUUGCAGAGAGACCAAAGGCAACCCUGCGUAUGACAACUCAAGAGAAACUCUUUCACUUUGGGGACACAGUGAAUCUGGAAUGCAGCAUUGAGGGUGACCUUACCAACUGGACAUUUCGCUGGUUCUUUGGGAACCAGACAGAAAAAGGGAAACAGAUCAAAGACAAAACUGAAGACAAUUACAAUAUUCCCUAUGUAACGGAGUCGAACAGCGGAGUAUACCGAUGUGAUGCCUAUGUAGCCGGUUCUUAUAAUUCCUCACAAACCAGCAAUGUGAUUACACUGAGGAUUCAGGAAAGACCAAACGCCAUUCUGAUACUGAGAAAUCAAGAGAAACUCAUCUCCAUUGGAGACACAGUGACUCUGGACUGCAGCAUUGACGGCGGGUUUACAGGGUGGCAGUAUCGCUGGUACAAAUUUGGUUCAAGCAAUGAUUGGGAAAAGUUUAUAGAAUUCAGUGGAUCCACCUACACAAUCAAAUCUAUAAGUCACUCUGACAAUGGAGAGUAUCUGUGCGACGCCAUAAAUGAGACCCCACCUUGUGGCUCACAGGCCAGCAAUACCAUCACAGUGAAUGUCAAGGGGGUCGGGGUGGGUUAUGCUACAGUGAAUGGGAUUCGAUAUGGAAUAUCAAGCCUGGUGCUAAUUGUCCUGCUGAUCAUUCUGAUUGAGUGUUUCUGGCACAAACUUCACUCCAUCUGCAGACCUACAGAGGACGUGUGUUCUCCCGGACCACAGGAUUCAGAUAUCUAUCUCAACAUGUGAAUGAAACUGAGAUGAGAGAGGGGAUAUGACCUACUUAGCAUGCUGUGAUCCUAAGGGUGUCAAACCUGCUUUAACUGUUCCUGUUUAUUUUAAACAUAAUGUAGAAAAAGAAAGUCCAAAAUGCAGGGCUACAUGUGUAGGAGCUAAGCAAAAAAAAAAUCCCACCCGCUAGUUUAUAGUCCAGUGUUCUAUACUUAUUAACAUUAGAAUUCAUCUUUCUGGGUUUUUUAAUUAGUAAUUCACAUAGGUGUUACAAUUGAAAACAUUCCUACAAUAAACCAAGAAGAAAUGUAGAAACAGUAAAGUAAAAGGAGUAUCUUGGAAGCAUUCAGUUUCUAAAUGUUUACAUUUUGGACACAUUAGAUCAUCAGGAGAUGAUUAAUUAUGGUCUGUUUUAUAUAAAAAUGAUUCCUUUUCUGUGACUGUCAAGGGUGUUGCGCCAAUAAAGACAUCAGAUUCGGAAACACAUUCGCAGCUCCAAAUGAUAUUUUUAUUUAUCUUUUAAAAGAGAAACAUUGCUACUUCUUUUUCUUUUCAGCAUGAGAUUUUUAUAGGUUUAUACAGAAAUACUGUCUUUCUACACUUUGACUGCUAAAUACAAAUUAACUCGUUUGUUGGUGAUCUAUAGAGGGAUGCCACCUACACAUUUUCUUGUAAAUCAUCUUCAGGGCCAAAUAUGAGCAUACAGUAUUUAUGGAUAACAAAUGUAAUUAGAGGAGAAGGAGCACCUGAAAUAAGAAUGAAAGCAUGACAUCACAGAACAGAAUGUUUCACUUUCAGUUUGUAGCAGUUGUGAGGACACUAAGAUUCACACUGAGUGAGUUAUUUAGUUUAUUACAUGGACCCUAGAAACACACCCAGCCUUGAUCUGUCAGGUACACUCCCAGACGCAGAGACACUUAUAAGCAGCUCAAUAAACCAACAAAUAGUAAUGAAUAUAUUAAUCAAAUAAUAAAAAAAAACAAUAUUACAAAAAACGUGUACACAAAAGCUCUUCCCAGUUCCCCAAUGGCGAUAAUCAUUAAAAAAAAAAAAACAAUUAACAGUAGCCACAAAGUCUAACACAGUCCAGUACAGCAGGAGCAGAUGAUGAUGAAUGUGAGAAAUGAAAUCCUUGUGAACGGCCCUCUGAAAGAAAUGUAAAGUUUUGUC